AAAUUAUCUUAUCUCAUGCAUCCCCUCUCUCUCUAUAUCUAUUGCUUCUGUUUUGUAUAACUACUCUUUGUUAUACAUAGCCAUUUUAGUUACUCUUGUUCGUUUCAACAUUCCUCCUCUCUAUCUCUCUCAUGGUUCUUUAAGACUUUGAUCAUCUUUAAUUCCUCUUGAUCCUUUCCUUUGUUUUUCAUCUUGGUUUCUUGUUUUCUCAUUUGGGUUCUUCUCUUAGUUCAAGUUUUUUUUCUUGAAAUCCCAUAAACAAAAGUUUAUUUUUCCUUGUGUGUGCCAUUGAUUUUGGUUUCUUGUUUUCUCAAUUGGGUUCUUCUUGUAAUUCAAUUUUUCUUUCUUGAAAUCCAAUAAUUUUUUUUUUUUUUUUUUUGAAAUCCAAUAAAUUAAAACCUUUUUUUUUUCUUGUGUGUGUGCCAUUACAACUCAUUAAUGGCACAACUCCCUCCAAAAAUCCCAACCAUGACGACCACAACUACGCCGCAUUGGCCUGACUUCUCCUCCCAAAAACUCCCUUCCAUAGCCGCAACCGCCGCCGCAACCGCAGCAACCGCGGGACAACAAAACCCUACGUGGAUGGAUGAGUUUCUCGACUUCUCAUCCACUCGUCGCGGGACACACCGUCGUUCCAUAAGCGACUCCAUCGCUUUUCUAGAAGCUCCGUCCUCCGGCGUCGGAAACCACCACUUCGACAGGUUCGACGACGAGCAAUUCAUGUCUAUGUUCAACGAUGACGUGCACCAAAACCACCACAGCAACAAUAACCACCAUGGCAGCGUCAACGGCAAUAAUGUGGGUCACACGCGUUCUUCUUCCAACACCUCUACACCGUCCGAUCACAACAGCCUCACCGAAGAGGACAACAAAGAACCACCACCGUCCGAUCAUAAUCUCAUGGACACCACAGAUAAUAAUAACAACAACAACGUCGCCGGUAACAAUUACAAUGAGUCAGAUGAGGUUCAAAGUCAAUGCAAGACGGAGCCACAAGACGGUCCGUCGUCGGCGAAUCAAAACUCCGGUGGAAGCUCAGGCAAUCGGAUUAAUGAUCCCAAAAGAGUUAAACGAAUUUUAGCAAAUAGGCAAUCAGCACAGAGAUCAAGGGUGAGAAAACUUCAAUACAUUUCAGAGCUCGAACGGAGUGUUACUUCAUUGCAGACGGAAGUGUCAGUGUUAUCGCCAAGAGUUGCAUUUUUGGAUCACCAGAGAUUGCUUCUCAACGUCGAUAAUAGCGCUAUCAAGCAACGUAUCGCCGCUUUAGCACAAGACAAGAUUUUCAAAGACGCUCACCAAGAAGCAUUGAAGAGAGAAAUAGAGAGGCUUCGACAAGUAUAUCAUCAACAGAGCCUCAAGAAGAUGGAGAAUAAUGGCUCCGACCAAUCUCCGGCUGAUAUAAAACCGUCUGUUGAGAAAGAACAGCUCAAUGCCUAAAGCGGUUUCAUUCAUUAAGAUCUUAUCUCUUCAUGGCGUAAAGAUUCUUGACUAUAAAACCUCUUUGUGUCAAGAAAUUAAUUUAUGAAGAAGACAAUUUUAUUUAAUCCAAUCACAUUUUUUUUAAGUUGUGAUGAAUUUGCUUUGAUGUGUCUGAUUUUUUUUUUUUCAUUAUGGAUUGGAGGGGAAAAUGGCAAUGCUAUGUAAAAAACCUAGCUGAUUUGUUGUUUAUUUGAUUUUUUUUUUUGCUGGAGUGUCUAAGCAUUGUGUACUAAUUCUUAUUGUUACAAAUAGUUUUGUUUUCUAUCAACUUCUUGCCAAACUUAGGGUGAUCGAAUAGUUAAGAUUCCUUUUAGUCACAUGGAUCAAAUCUUGAUGGGUGCCAUGCGUCCAUAUGAUACAAGAUAA